GCGUCAUUCAGUAAGCGGCUGCCUAGGACGAAUCGAGUGCACACUCUUCGCGCUUCUCUAUCCUCAUUAGCUGAAGGCAGCAUCUAUAUGCUUUCACUGGAGCUGCAGUAAAUACGUUUGAUUCUUACAAUUGAAAAUCCGUUCAUUUUGAUCCAAAUCGAUAUCUUCUAGUUGAUUACAAUUCUACUUGUGAACGCUUCAGUCCUCCACUGCAGCAGACGAUCUUCAUGAUGUCAUCGUAUUAUCAUACGGGGAAAGAUGUGGACAUGGCGGCGAUGACAGAACCACUCUGCUUGGAAAGAGAUGUGUGCAGGGUGAUAGAACUGUUGGACAGGCUUCAAAGAAGCGGUGAGCUUCCUCCUCCCAAACUUCAGGCUCUACAGAGAGUUCUACAGAGCAAGUUCUGUGCUGCCAUCAGAGAGGUCUACGAGCAGCUUUAUGAUACGUUGGACAUUAUAGGUGGGCCCGAGGUCCGAGCACAAGCCACUGCCAAGGCCACAGUAGCAGCGUUCGCAGCCAGUGAAGGCCAUGCACACCCACGAGUGGUUGAACUCCCUAAAACAGACGAGGGGCUCGGGUUCAACAUCAUGGGGGGAAAAGAACAAAACUCUCCCAUCUACAUCUCCAGGGUCAUCCCAGGAGGUGUUGCUGACCGACAGGGUGGUCUGAAGAGAGGAGAUCAGCUGCUCUCUGUUAAUGGAGUGAGUGUGGAGGGAGAACACCAUGAGAAAGCUGUAGAGCUGCUAAAGGCAGCUCAGGGUUCAGUGAAGCUGGUGGUGCGUUACACCCCUAAAGUCCUAGAAGAGAUGGAAGCCAGGUUUGAGAAGAUGAGAAGUGCCAGGAGACGCCAGCAACAUACCAGCUACUCGUCUUUGGAGUCCAGGGGUUAACCAGUCUUAACUUCUGACUGGCCUGCUGAUCCAUUCUCCCACCCUUUCUGCUCCUGUAGGAUGACAGAAGACCCUGGGGAGAUCAGUGUAGACUACCCUUAGAUAUUUAUGUUAGUGGAACGAUCUCAAAACAUGUAGACCUCAAAUAUACUAUUUUCCCUGGCCAUCCAGAGGGAGAGACUGCAUAGUGCAUCUGGUCUGUCUUGAGUCUGAUUCUCUAUUGUAUUCUUAUGUGGAACCUGCACCCUGUGAUAUGCUGUGUCUGUGUGUGUGUGUGUGUGUGUGUGUAUGUUUGUGUCUGUUAGCACAGAAGAGAGUUUUAACAAUUGCCUAGAGGGUCCAAAUAGCACGCCGUGUCUUUUGCUGUAGGAUUAUUGAUUAUUGGUUUCUACUUAGACCCUUAUUCUUUCACUCACUUAUUGAAUCUGUGUUUCAGAAAACAUGCAUUGACAAUAGAGUUAAAGCUAUGCAUCACAUUUACAGUAUAAGUAUUCUUGUCUCAUGUGUUCCACACUGUGAGAACUACAUCAGGAGGACAAACACUGUUAUUCCAAAAGACACUUCCUGAAUUAACUGAUUGCUCUGUUCUAAGCAUGCUAUACUCAAAUAGGGUCAUGAAAAUGUGCUGCUAUGAGUGGCUUUGUUCUGCCAGUCAUAAUGCCUCUGUUCAAUCCUUGAAUUUUUUUUGUUUAUUUAUAUAUUUAUUCAUACAUUAAAAGCAACAAUCUAAUUGUA